AUGCUGCCGCGAUUGGCGGUGCCACUCACUCGUUCGCGACAGUUGCGGGAGGAUGUUUUUCCCGCACACUCUGUCGCGCCGUUGUUGUUGGUCUGUUUGUUCUACCACUGGGUCACAGCAGUCGUAUGCUUGGGUCCAGGCUGGCAGACAACUGAGCAGGAGACAAGAGCGGCCGUUUGGCAAGGUGGAGGAACAUUUGGCGGCGCGGACCCUAUGUUAUGGAUGGAUUCUAGAGAUCAGCCUUUUGGAGAGUAUCUGGCAGCGGACCACCCACACCGACUGGCUUCCGAAGGCGCCUCAAAAUCCUCUGCUGCGGAGUUGUUAGAUACGCCCGUGACUUACGAGCCUGACCGUGAAGUGCGUUACCGCGGGACGGUUCGCCUGCCACCGCGGCGGGGCUGUCCUAAGGGUUCAUACGAUGUAAUCGUUGGCGCUUGUGUGUGGUUAGACAAGCAGGAUAAGGUUCUACCGAAUUACGUAUGCCCCCCAGGUUCCAUACUCAAUGGGGACUUUUGUUACGGAAGGAUCGUGGCUGACUAUGAGUUGGAUUGUCCUAAAAAUUUCCUGCCAAACGAGGAUGAAGUCUGCGUGAAGGCUGUGGUAUACACGCCACCUCGGAUAAUUUGUCCAGAGGGCUUUGCUGUUGUCAGGGCGUCUCCAGAUAACCGAAACAGAGUGUGCAAACGUGUGAAGUACGUAGCCCCCAUCAAGAGGCCUACGGAAACUAUCGAGAAACUCCCGAUUAUGGAUUGCAGCGGCACAGAGAAGACGUGUCCUCUACCGAGAAAACCUACGGCAGACCGCGAGUGGGGUUUCAGGCCAGUAGAGCUCGUUAAUUUCGGCAUCGGAUGCGUUAAAAUCUCCGUACAAGACGUUGCGCUUGUAUGCCCUGGACCGAAACCAAAAUUUGGUCCGGGGUUCGGUGAUUGGGAUGUUCCGAGAUACAAGUACGAUCCGGUAGACAAGUGCGUGGCCUAUCGUGCCAAAGCUAUAGAGGGGCAGUGUCCCUUCGGCUACGAAUUCCAACAGGAUACAUGCUACAGGAAAUAUUUUCUGCCGUACUACAUGGACUGUAGUCAUCUUGAAGGCUAUGCCUUCUUCUGGGAUCCAGAACACAAGGCUGGCAUAUGUGAGUAUCAGUUCGACCCCUUCAAGUGGACUCCUGGUGUAAGCUAUAUCACUCAGAGAGAGCGAUGGGAUGGAGGGAGAAUCUAUUUGUUAUCCAACCCAUAUGACGUUAAGAGGGCGUAUGAUAACUCAGCCGACGUUGCUGCGGCCUUCCGUCCUCCUCCUCCUACCGCCCCGACUCUGGAGAAGAUUCCAGAGGUAAAAAACCCUUCGUUUUCGACGGCGUAG